UCGUGUGACACAAAGCCCAGAGGACUAAUGCUGACAUGACUUAAGAGAGCUAACUUGGGUGCAAUUUUAGAAAAUAACGCUUUGUGUGACUAAACGUCAAUUUGGGGGCAUUUUACUCCUGGAAUAUUCCUUACAAGUUGCUGCUUAAUUCAGUUUAAUCUCAUGGCGACUCCAAAACGACUUGGGCGACAGAAAUUACAAUUGCCAACCUCUUAUUAUGAAGGCUUUCUCGAGGUUAGGGCUUUGAAAGAUACGGCAUCACGACGACUGUGGACAUGCCUCUGUGGGGAUGCCCUAUUUUUCUUCAACAGCAGUAAAGAGAACCAGUAUGUGGAGAAGCUGGAGGUCAGCACCUUUAUCUCCAUCUCGGACGACUCCAUUCCAGACAAGAACCUGAACACCGCCGGGCUUGUCAUCCACACCAAGAACGAUGAUAUCAGACUGACGGCACCUAGUCUGGAGUCGCGGGAGUUGUGGAAAGGCUUCAUCCUCACGGUGAAAGAGCUCUCCGUGCCCAAGUCUCUGAACCUGCUACCAGGUCAGGUGCACAUGAUGAGGGAGGCGGUGGAUAAGGAGAUGGAGAGACGCGGGGUGCUCACGUCCUCCACGCCCCCCCCACCCAUUCCCACAAAGUUUACAACUGAAGCCACGUCUCCUCUCUACCUCCCAGUGGUGUCGGAAAUGCCAGCCUGUUUUGAGACGGUGUCACGCACAGAGGCAGAGAUUCUUCUGGAAAGGAACCCAGACAAAGGCAACCUGCUACUGAGGCCGGGCAGAGACGGAACCUCUUUUGCCGUCACCACACGCCAAGACCUCAAUGGGUCUGUGUUCAAGCACUAUCGCGUCAGCAGGAAGUCGGACGGUGGAUUUUACAUCGAUGUCGAGAAACCAAUUCACUGUGCGACAUUGCAUGAUGUUGUCAGCUGUCUGGUGGUCAAGACAGCUGGAGCGUUGCAGCCCUUUAUACUGGAUGAGCCCUAUGAGGAGAAUAUCACGUUUGUCCAGGCCAAUCAAGAGAAUGGAGAGAAGAGUAUGCAAUCGGUUUCUCCUCAUCUUAAAUCCCCCUCCAUACCAGAGCGUGAGCCAAGCCCAGAGGCAGACUUUGAGGAGAACUUGUACCUCAACCCAGAUGACGAGGUUGAGGAGAAUGAGGAAGUUCCACUACCGAGAACGGAGAUUCCACCACCUAAACCCCUGCCACGGCAAAAAGUUAACCGUGGUCCGUUGAUUCAUCAACAUACUCUGCCUGCUGAUUUGAGAAGCAUUUCAGGACCUGGGAGAACGGCUCUGAAACCCCCGAAACCGCUCCCUGCUCUACCUCGGGGAGUCCACCCCUCUUUCACCCCGGGAGUUGCAGGUGCAAACGCACAGAUUAACAACCUGCAGAGCUUAGCACUCACCUCAGAGCUUCAACGGAAACUGGAGCAGAGGCGUGCCAAAGAAUCCUGACUCGCUGUGGUGGAUAGUGGAGAUUCUGGCUGAAGCGUCCUGGGACCCGACCGUGGCUCACCCAUUCACAACCCCCCCAGCUCUCUCUCUCUUUGGAAGACCAGGGGUAGACACAGGAUUGUGUUCCAGUUCCAGUGUUUGAAGUGAAAACCUAACAGCGGACAAUCCAACCCAUUACAGAUUUAAUUUGUUAUGGACCUCACACUGUACGUAACACCACUGAGAUCAGAUGCCUUUGUGUCUGGUCGUCGCCAUAAGUGCCUCUCUAUUUGGAACUCAGCUGGCUGAGUCAUCCCGCUCUCUGGUGCAGAAGAUAAAUGCCUCAUCUAUCUUCUCACACAACUAAGAAGUGAAUCAAAGUCUGUAGAUCAGCAUGUACAUGUCUCAAUGACUAGUUUAUGGUGUUAUGUUAUGGCUGCUGCUAUUGAUCACAACUCCAUCUGGAUUUAUUAUGGUCUUAGUAUUUUCAACUCAGCACAACAGUGCCAACUGUCUAACCGGUGUGUAUACUUUAUAUGGCUCAAUGUGUGGCUAAUUAUAUAUUUCUACUGUCCUUCAGAUGUGUAUAUUGUGAAUCAGAGACUGUAGAAAUAAAACAUGUCACCUUAAUGACUUUAUUGAA